CUCAGGCGAUUACACUUCCUUGGCAUCUCCAAAUAGACCAGGUUCAACAUCAUAUGACCAACCUCAUUGCUGAUAAAUCAUGGCAUCGUCACUGACGCCUUCCCUUGCUCCUGCGACGACUGCAACAAGCUAUACUCUGCCGCCUACAGGGUUGAGUGAACCAACAAGAAUCGAGCCAGCAAAUGCACUGCCAUCCGGGAACCAACCAUCUUUUGCAUACCCUCCGUUAUAUAAUUUCCCACCGUUUUAUACGCUCCAGCCAAACACCACGACACGCCAAGCGCAGCUACAAGCAUGGUCGGGUCUGAUUCAAUCGUACUGCAAAUAUCAUAGGACUUGGAGACUAUCAUUGGUUGAUGCGAUAGACACGCCUUUAUUCAGGAAUGACGCUUUGAACAGAAGACUAAGCCUCGCCGAUGCCCAAACGGUCCUAGACUGGAUGGCAAACAAGGAUGCAGGCGGUGGUGGUGGCCGAGCAGAGUGGAUCUCCACGAAAGAUAAGAGCUUGGCAUGGAUUUAUUGGAGGAGACCCGAAGAAUGGGCAGAACUUAUUGCAGGCUGGGUCGAUGAUACAGGUCAGAAGAAUACGGUUCUUACGUUUUACGAGCUCAUGGAGGGUGAGAUGACUACUUCACAAGAAUUUCAUGGCAUGGACCCAGACCUGUUUCAGAAAUCGCUUAAUCUUCUGGUCAAGCGGGGCAGGGCCCAGGUAUUCGGGUCUGAAGACCAACAGGGUGUCAAAUUCUUCUAGGCGGUUAGAGGAAAAUUGUUUGUUCAAUCCGGAAGAUCA